CGUCGGCUGCACAGUGAAAACGUUACUGCUGUCAAAGUUGCUGUCAGAAACAUAAUAAUCUGUGUAAUAGAUCAGUUAAACCCCAGUUAUGCAGUGAAUUUUAUGAAGAACAUGAGAAAAUUGUGGAUCUUCUACGUUGAUAAAUACAUCAAAAUUUAUCUCGAUUCACAUUUCAAAAUCUUAAGAUAAUUAUCUGCUGAUACGAGAGGUUAAAAAAUGCUCCUCCAUAAACAAUUAUUCUUCCUGACAACUUUUGUGAUAAUAUCAACUGAAGGGGUCAGGAACUAUGACCGUAAUGAGCUCCUCACCCUUCGCGAAGAAGUACGAACAAUGUUUGACCAUGCAUAUUCAAGUUACCUGAAAUAUGCGUACCCUUACGAUGAACUACGUUCGCUUAGCUGUGAUGGCUUUGACACAUGGGGAAGCUACUCAUUGACAUUGAUCGAUGCUUUGGACACACUCGUAGUGAUGGGUAACUACUCAGAAUUCAAAAGAGUUGUAGAAAUCCUCAACGCCAGAUCAGAUUUUGAGGAAAACAUAAAUGUUUCUGUGUUUGAGACUAAUAUUAGAGUUGUUGGAGGCCUUCUGAGUGCUCAUAUAUUGUCCCACAAAGCUGGUAUAGACUUGGAGCCUGGGUGGCCCUGUAAUGGUCCAUUGCUUCGACUAGCUGAAGAUUUAGUUAAGAGAUUAAUACCUGCCUUUGAUACUCCUACCGGGAUGCCAUAUGGGACUGUAAACCUAAAAUAUGGAGUUCCAGAUGGAGAGACUAGCAUUACUUGUACCGCUGGUAUUGGAACAUUUAUCUUAGAAUUUGGAACGCUCUCUCGACUUACAGGGAAUCCACUUUAUGAAGAAGUAGCAUUAAAUGCCAUGAAAGCUUUACAUCAUCACAGAUCAAAGAUAGGGCUGCUGGGUAAUCACAUCGAUGUUCUAACGGGUCAUUGGACUGCACAAGAUUCAGGUAUUGGUGCAGGUAUAGACUCAUAUUUCGAAUACUUGGCAAAGGGUGCAUUACUGCUACAGGACCCCUUAAUGGUCGCGAUGUUUAAUGAACAUAAAGCAGCUAUCGAAAAAUACAUAAAAAAAGAAGACUGGCACUUGUGGGUUUCGAUGUCAAAGGGCCAGGUUACUCUACCUGUAUUUCAAUCCUUGGAUGCUUAUUGGCCUGGAGUUCUCAGCUUCUUUGGAGAUGUAAGCAAUGCCAUGAAGUCUUUGCACAACUAUCACCAGGUCUGGAAGCAGUUUGGAUUCACACCAGAGUUUUAUAAUAUUCCACAAGCAGAUGCUGGGACAAAUCGAGAGGGUUAUCCCUUGAGACCAGAGCUCAUUGAAUCGGUCAUGUAUCUCUACAGAGCAACUGGAGACCCUUAUUUGAUAGAAGUCGGGGUGGAUAUUCUCAGGAGUUUGCAGCACAGUGCAAAAACUAGCUGUGGGUAUGCUACGAUAAAUGACGUCCGGGACCACCGAAAGGCUGAUAGAAUGGAGUCGUUCUUCCUUGCGGAAACGACAAAAUACUUGUAUCUCCUUUUUGAUCCUGAUAACUUCAUUCAUAACAACGGGCAGCAAGGCACUGUAAUAAAAACGCAAUGGGGUCAAUGCGUAAUAGAUGCAGGCGGUUACAUAUUCAAUACAGAAGCUCACCCAAUAGAUGCUGGGUCUCUACACUGCUGCCGAAAGAUUGACGGAAUAUUUCCGAGCAAGAAAUUACUGCUGAAAAAGUUUAUUGUUGCUAAUAACGAGAAUGACGUCCUAAACACAUCAAACGAAUUGAGAUCAUUGGAUAAUAAUGCAGUUGAAAUAAUAAAAUUAUCACAAAUCAAACUGGAUUUGGAAGAACCCUCCCUCAUUAAAAAUAAUGAAAUUGAUAUCAAAGAUGUAGAGAAUGAGGCAUUGAAUUCCAAGAAUCUCAGUAAAAAUAUUACUCGACCAGAACUACCAAAGAUCGAAGUCGUGGCUCCACCAAACACGAUAUAUAAAGCUGAUGAUAGCGAUACUAUGGAGAUAUUUGAUGUACCUGCGGGAGUAAAUGGAGAAUAUCCUUCGGUUCCAGAGGAAAAUAACGAUACUCAAUCGGUGCAUAAGGCACAGUUCUCAAAAAGAUCAAAACUUGAGCCUCAGGUAAUGCUGGAAAAUAUUAGAAAAGGAAAUAUGUAUCCUAUGAACGCUUCUAUGAAGAUUGACUAUCAGUUAUUGUCUUGCCAGUCCCAACCAUUUCUCCAACGGAUAUCAAUUAUGGGUGAAUUUUUUUGACCAAAAAUUUUAAGGCAUUGAUAUUCAUCAAUCCAAUCGUUUGUUAUCUAAUUUCAUAUUCGCUAAUAUAUAAACAUAAAUGUAUAUUUGUUUAAGAUGAAGUGAAAGACCGACGAUUUCUAAAAUCCUUAUGUAUAUAUAUUAUAUGUCGUUUAUAAGUCACACAUACAAAUGUAUAAUAUAAGUAUUGUACAAACAAAUACAUAUUUAUAAUAACAAAAUAUAAAUUCACUUAUUGAUAUAUUGUACACGUCUCUCAUUCGCACAUAUUAUAAAAUUAAUUAAUCAAUCAAUCAAUCAACUGAUUAAUAGAAUUAAAAAAAAGUUUCCUCAACAAUAAUUCGCAAAUUAAAUACAAAAAUUACAUCUACAAAUGUAUAUAGUCUCUGUUCAUGUUAAUAAUACGUCGCUCUGUAUUUAUUGUGUAAAGUUUGUUCGUUUUUCGUUAUUCAUCAUAGAUCUAUACGUAUAGGUAAUAUGAUAUUUCGUACAGUAAAUCUCAUAUUUGCACAAGAAAUAAAUAUACGGGAUUCGUGCAAAUAUUCGAAAACUAUGAGAAUCUAAUUUCG